AUGGAGACUGAGCGCGUGACGGAGUUUCCAUUCACUCACUUGGAUCGUCGCCCUCGAAAGAGAGCGCGAUUGGGCUGGGAUAUUCCUCAGGCCCCAAAGGCUCAGGUAGGAAUGUUUUGUGGACAAGAGCUUGGGAAUGUGACAAGCUUUGCAUCUUUGAUGGCACCAUCAGACCACACUACUAUUUCACUUUUUGAUAAGGAAGUGGCUCGAAAUGGUUCCCCCCCAUGGAGAGAGGAUGACAAAGAUGGGCAUUACAUGUUUUCGCUCGGAGAAAAUUUAACAUCUCGCUACAAAAUCCAGAGCAAAAUGGGUGAAGGUACCUUCGGUCAGGUUUUGGAAUGUUGGGACAGAGAAAAAAAGGAGAUGGUUGCCAUAAAAAUUGUUCGGGGAGUCAAGAAAUACCGUGAAGCAGCAAUGAUCGAAAUUGAAGUGCUGCAACAGCUUGGUAAACAUGACAAAGGUGGCAACCGUUGUGUGCAAUUACGGAACUGGUUUGACUAUCGUAACCAUAUUUGUAUUGUGUUUGAGAAGCUUGGACCAAGCUUAUACGAUUUUCUCAAGAAAAACAAUUACCGCUCAUUUCCCAUUGACCUUGUCCGUGAGAUUGGCCGACAACUGUUGGAAUGUGUAGCAUUCAUGCAUGACCUUCGCCUGAUUCAUACCGACUUGAAGCCAGAGAAUAUACUCCUUGUUUCUCACGAUUAUAUUAAAGUUCCUGAUUAUAAUAAGAACUCAUCUCGAUCACCCAAAGAUAGCUCAUAUUUUAAAAGAAUUCCAAAGUCAAGUGCUAUUAAGGUUAUUGAUUUUGGAAGCACAACUUAUGAACGUCAAGAUCAAAAUUAUAUUGUAUCAACACGACAUUACCGGGCUCCUGAGGUUAUUCUUGGAAUGGGAUGGACCUACCCUUGUGAUGUAUGGAGCAUUGGUUGUAUCUUAGUGGAGUUAUGCACGGGUGAGGCUUUGUUCCAGACUCAUGAAAAUUUGGAGCACCUUGCCAUGAUGGAGCGGGUACUUGGGCCCUUGCCCCAGCACAUGUUGAAGAGAGCAGACCGACAUGCUGAGAAGUAUGUCAGGAGGGGUAGAUUGGAUUGGCCAGAGGGUGCAGCCUCGCGAGAGAGUAUCAGAGCUGUUCAGAAACUUCCUCGUCUUCAGAAUCUUGUAAUGCAGCAUGUAGACCAUUCCGCAGGGGACCUCAUUCACCUCUUGCAGGGUCUCCUUAGGUACGACCCAUCAGAUAGGCUUUCAGCUCGGGAAGCCCUCAGACAUUCAUUUUUCACGAAGGACAAUCUUAGAAGAUGA